AUCAAAAGUUCCCGAAUUGUCAAACGAAAAGCACGUUAUUUUUGUGAAACUUUAGUGAAUUAAUUUUGGUGCAAUGGCAAUGGAAAAGCAGCUUAUUUUUAAAAUAGCGGAGCUGGUGUUGGCUUCCAUUUGCCUUGGCCUUCACUGCUACAGCGGACUUAGCGACUUGCAUGCCAAUCGUUUGGCCACUGGCACUUUUAUUGGCUACAUAAUUAUUCUCAUCGGCUUAGCUGGCGGUCGUUAUCAGAGGUAUCAGAUGGACCGCCACCUCGAGUGGUACUUUAUAGGUCUCGCCGUCGUUUUGUAUGUUGCCUGUGGAGGCCUGUACAUUGACCAAUACGAUAAUUAUAUUAAGGGAGAUUAUAGGGACAAGGGUCUUGCUUGCGGUUCUUUCGCCAUCAUUACGGCAGCCGUCCUUAUUGCUGACAUCGGCAACAGUCUUCGAGGUUAAUUACUGAAAAGAAAAAGGCGAUAAGUUAUUUUUUUCUUUAUUGCGCUUUAGUUAGAGAAUUAUUUCUGAAAAAUAAGUUUUGUGAUGAAUCUAAAUCUUUUUUGCAGAAAAAAUCAUGCAAUCAAUUUCUAAAUGUUUUUAUUUUGUGUAAUGAUUUUAAAUUUAUAUUGUCAGUUUCAUAUCAAUAUAUCUGCACCUUUGGACAACCAAUGGAAGAUUUAAUAUCAAAUUUACUCAUUUCAAUUGUAACUCUAGGAGCAGUUUAUAAGAAUUUUCAAUUUUUAUUAGCUCUUUCAAACAAAUAAAGCCAAAUUUUUCUAUUUAUGUUAUUAUCUUUAACUCCCUAUCUAAGAUAAUAACAGGAGAAUAUGUAUAAAUAGGAGAAAAGAGAAAAUGUAUAGUCGUAUUCUUGAUAUAAUUACCUACAUUCUAGAAUUCUUUGGGAAUACAUAUGAAUUUGAUCCUAAAUUUUAUUUAUUUAUUUUGAUAAUUUGGCAACUUGUGUUUAAUUACAUUUUAAGUCUUCUACAUUUUUAUAUUUAAUUUUAUCAAUGACAGCUUCGUCUAUGUAUUAGAAUGAUUAUUUUA